AUGUUCCUUGCCAAUUUUACCUACUUAGCUACAUUGAACCUCUCAUUCAAUAGUCUAGAAGGCCAAAUACCUGAGGGGGGUGUUUUCUCAAAUCUCACCUCGCAGUCUUUGAUAGGAAAUGCCGGGCUAUGUGGGGCCCCACGCUUAAGAUAUCCUCCAUGCCUCGAAAGAUCUCGCUCAAGUAAUAAACACUUGUUACAAAUUCUAGUCCCAACAGUCCUCGAGAACGCUAUCCGAAGCUUUGUUGCGGAGUGUCAAGUUCUUCGAAUGGCGCGACACCGCAACCUGAUAAAAAUACUCAACACAUGUUCCAACCUUGACUUCAGAGCAUUAGUGCUUCAGUACAUGCCAAAAGGCAGCUUAGAGAUGAUCCUACACCGGUCUCAUAGUUCAUGUCACCUAGGGUUCCUUGAGAGGCUAGGCAUCAUGCUCGAUGUGUCUAUGGCGAUGGAGUAUCUGCACCAUGAGCACUACAAGCUGAUAUUGCACUGUGACUUGAAGCCUAGCAAUGUGUUGCUUGACAAUGAGAUGACAGCACAUGUGGCUGACUUUGGCAUUGCAAGGUUGAUUCUAGAUGACAACUCCAUGAUAUCUGCGAGUAUGCCUGGAACAGUUGGGUACAUGGCACCGGAGUACGGAUCACUCGGAAAAGCCUCAAGGAAAAGUGACGUGUUCAGCUACGGAAUCAUGCUCCUUGAAGUCUUCACCAGAAAAAGACCCACCGAUGUCAUGUUCGACGCACAACUAACUCUUAGGCAGUGGGUUCAUCGGGCAUUUCCUGCGGAUCUUGUCCAAGUCGUUGACCGCCAACUUCUACAUGGCUCCUCAAUUUCAGGCUGCAGAUUGGACGAUGGCUUCUUAGCGUCAGUCUUUGAGGUGGGUUUGCGCUGUUCCAGCGACUCUCCUGACCAGAGGAUGACAAUGCGCGACGUGGUCGUGACGCUGAAGAAGAUCAAAGCCGAGUACACCAAACUGGUAGCAACUAUGUCAACUAGUGCAGCACAGUGAACCGAUCUCAUGUGCUUGCUUAAUUGUGUCUCGU